AUGCAUAAGUCGUUAACACCACCAGCAGCACCGGCGCCGGCUCCACAGAACUACGACGAAACAAACUGCAACAUACACCGGAAUCAAUCGAACGAGGUUUUGUUCAGGGUUGUACCUGUCACGCUUCAUGGAACAGGUACGGUCGUCCACACGUAUGCACUUCUAGAUGACGGUUCAGAGUUAUCGCUAAUAGAUGAAGACUUGGCUGAGCAGUUGCAGCUGGAAGGUGCGCGAAAGGCAUUUUGCCUGAAAUGGACAGGAGAUACCCGACGCUAUGAGGAAAAUUCCAGAGUUGUAAACCUUUGUAUUUCUGGUGCAGGAGGUGCUUUACAUGCUUUGAAUGGAGUUCGUACAGUUCACGAGUUGAAUUUGCCACAUCAGUCUUUAGUUGUCGAGGAGCUAACAGUAAGGUAUCCCUACCUGAAAGGGCUGCCAAUUCAAUCGUAUCACGACGCCGUUCCGCGUAUUCUCAUUGGGUUAGAUCAUGCUCAUUUGGGAAAUACACUCAAGCUACGCGAAGGCAGUGUCAAUCAACCGAUCGCUGCAAAAUCCAGGUUAGGGUGGCUAGUUUUCGGAAGUUGUGUGGAGCGCAGACCAGCUAGUGUUUAUGCUAACGUUCACUACCUUCCGCAAUGCGAAUGCAUAGAUGAUGCUGAACUUCAUAAGGCGAUGAAGAAUUAUUUUUCCUUGGACAGCAUGGGAGUGGUGCAACGAGAAGCUAUGCUUUCAACAGACGAUCAGAGGGCACUUCAUCUACUCCAAACGAAAACCCUUCGACUACCUGAAAAGUAUGAAGUUUGUCUCUUGUGGAAGUACGAAAAUGUUAGGCUACCAGACAGUAAGGUGAUGGCACUUCGUAGAUGGGAAUGUUUAGAGAAACGUUUGUCAAAAGACCAAUCGCUCGCUCGGAUACUGAAGGAGAAAAUAGAGGAUUACUUAGAAAAGAACUAUAUUCGCAAGUUAACUAAAUCUGAACUUGAAUCCUGCUUCCCACGGGUUUGGUAUCUUCCGAUCUUCCCGGUGGUAAACCCGAACAAACCAAGCAAAGUCAGAAUUGUUUGGGAUGCUGCGGCGAAGGCCCAUAAUGUAUCGUUGAAUUCCGUAUUAUUAAAAGGUCCCGACCAGUUAUGCUCGCUUCUAUCAGUCCUACUGAAAUUUCGCGAAUUCCGGGUGGCAUUCUCAGGUGACAUCCGUGAGAUGUAUCACCAAGUGAUGAUCAACGAAACUGACCAGCAAUGUCAGAGAUUUUUUUGGAAGGAUGAUCCUUCAGCACCUGAGCCUAGUGUCUUCGUAAUGCAGGUGAUGACCUUUGGGGCUAGCUGUUCGCCGAGUUGUGCCCAAUUUAUAAAAAACACCCAUGCCCGAAAAUUUAGUGAUCGGUUUCCAGAAGCAGUCGAUGUAAUUAUAAACAAGCACUACGUAGAUGAUGCUUUAGUCAGCGUAGAGAAUGAAGAAGAUGCAAUACGGGUAGCGAAAGAAGUUCAUGAAAUUCACCGAUCAGGAGGGUUCGAAAUUAGAAACUGGAUUUCCAACUCCCAAAGAUUUCUGAACGCCUUGUCUGGUCAAAUGAACUCCGAGAAAAACUUGAAUAUUUGUUCAGAACUAGCCACCGAGAAAAUAUUGGGGAUGUAUUGGGACACCGCAUCCGAUAUGUUCAGAUUUAAGCUCUCCUCACGCCACGAUCCUGAACUUCUGUUGGGGAAACGUAUACCAACGAAGAGAGAAGUGUUAAGAACUCUGAUGAUGAUAUUCGACCCUCUCGGAUUAAUCGGGCAUGUCCUCAUGUAUUUGAAAGUGAUCCUCCAAGAGAUUUGGCGAGCUGGCACAGCUUGGGACGAAGCUAUAGAUAACGAUCCUUUCAGGAAAUGGUUGCAAUGGUUAAAAGUGUUACCCAACUUAGAAGAUAUUCGCAUUCCUCGCUGUUUUCGGGCAUUGACCUCCGCCUCGAGUGCAACAGAAGUGCAGCUCCAUACGUUUGUAGAUGCCAGCGAGAGUGGAUUCGCUGCAGCUGUAUUCUUGAGAUUCGAAGAGGGUGUACACAUAGAGUGCUCGCUAGUUGGAACUAAAACGCGUGUUUCACCACUGAAAUUUUUGACCAUUCCUAGGUCUGAGCUGCAAGCGGGAGUUCUUGGGGCAAGAUUCGCUUCGAGUGUCAUCAAGUCUUUAUCGAUCCACAUCUCCCAUCGUUUUUACUGGACCGACUCUAGAAAUCUAUUAUGCUGGCUUAAAUCCGAUCAUCGUCGCUACAGCCAGUUUGUCGGCACGCGCGUGAGUGAAAUAUUAGAGCUGACUGACAUCAGUGAAUGGAAUUGGGUACCAACCAAGGACAAUGUUUCUGACGACGGUACGAAAUGGAGAGGUGUUCCUGAUAUCUCCGAGAACAGCCGAUGGUUCAAAGGUCCACCAUUUAUCUACCAGCAAAAGCAAAAGUGGCCUAAAAUUCCAUCGACUCUAGGGGCUACCGAAGAAGAACUACGACCGAGAUUGAUGCUGCACUACGCUACCUGCCAGCCGAUCGUUGAAGUUGAAAACUUCUCCAAAUGGGUCAAACUGUACCGAUUGACUGCAAUGUUCUUGAGGGCCGUUAAAAAGUUCAUCGUUUUCUUGAAGAUCAAAAGAGAGUCGCAGAGACCAUGCAUUUUAUUACCACUAAGUCAAGAUGAGCUUAUUGCAGCACAAAACCUUUUGUAUCGUCAAGUUCAAAGCUAUGCCUACCCCGAAGAAUAUUCCCUUCUACAGAAACCAUCGAAUACUUCCUUACCUAAACGCAGUUCACUUUUUCGCGUAUCACCGUUUCUAGACGAACAUCAAGUUAUGCGCAUUCAUAAUCGCGCUAAAAAUUGCCAAUUUACUGACCUAGAAUCUAAAAACCCAAUAGUUUUGCCACCCACGCACCAUCUUACCAAACUAAUCGCACAACAUUACCAUCGAAAUCUGCUACAUCGCAAUCAUGAAACCGCAAUCAACCGUCUACGUUUACGUUAUUAUAUCCCAAAAUUAAGAGCUUUCUUCCGUAGAAUGAGAGGAGAUUGCCAACAAUGUAAAAACGCAAACGCUAAACCACAACCACCAGCAAUGGCCGAUCUUCCUGCUUCGAGGUUGGCUGCAUUUUGUCGACCUUUCACGUACGUGGGUGUGGACUAUUUCGGUCCGAUACCAGUUUCUGUAGGUCGUCGGUCAGAGAAAAGAUGGGGCGUCUUAGUCACCUGUCUAACAACCCGAGCAAUCUACAUCGAGCUGGCGCAUUCCCUUACAACAGAUUCCUGUAUAAUGGCCCUAAGAGUGUUCAUGGUUCGACGAGGUGUUCCUGCAGCCAUUUACAGUGAUCGUGGAACGAAUUUUAUAGGAGCUUCGAAAGAAUUGUCCAUAGAACUGGAUAAGAUGAAUCAAAACAAAUUGAUAGCAGCAAUCGUAUCUCCAGAUACCAGAUGGGAGUUCAAUCCGCCAGCUUCUCCGCACAUGGGCGGUUCGUGGGAGAGACUCAUACAAAGUGUAAAAAAGAACCUGCAAAACAUGACGUUGACUAGACUGCCAUCUGAUGAAGUACUCCGGUGCGCAUUGACCGAAAUUGAAGGGACAGUCAACUCCAGGCCUCUCACCUUUGUUGCAUUGGACGACGAGGAUUCACCUGUUCUAACGCCGAAUCAUUUCAUCCUGGGAUCGUCGGAUGGCCUGAAACCGUUGGCUCUCUUUGACGAUAGUUCUAAAGCGUUGAAGAAAUCCUGGCACACCUCUCAGUUGAUCGCGAAUAUUUUCUGGAGACAUUGGCUCAACGACUAUCUUCCGUGUCUUACACGGCGGUCCAAGUGGUUCAAUCUAGCUCGUCCGAUUUCCGUAGGAGAUGUCGUCGUGAUUGCUGAUCCCAACUCACCCCGGAAUACGUGGCCUAAGGGCAGAGUCAUCGGGACAAGCCAUGCCAAAGAUGGACAAGUGAGAUGGGCGGUCGUCCAGACGGCGCAUGGUAUUUAUGAGCGCCCUGCAGUUAAGAUCGCGGUUCUCGACGUUGGCGUUCAACCUAUUGCGUCCCAGGAGGAAUGUGGCCGCACUACCGGGGGGACUGUUAUCGGCGCCGUGUCGAAUCCCUCGAUCAGAAACGUCCGAUCGUAA